AUGGAGCACCUUCCAGCCGACCACUUCGUAACGUCCAUGCAGUUCACUGCGAGAACCCACCGCGAUGUCUACCCAGCCAUCGAUCCCACCCAACCCGCUCUCUCACAGAAGGGUAAAGUCGUACUCAUCACCGGAGCCAGCCAAGGCCUGGGCGCGCUCGGAUUCGCGCCCUCAUUUGCAGCCGCCGGCGCAAAAGCCAUUGUCCUCGUGGCUCGCACAGCCGGAAAACUCCAACAAGUAGCCGACACCCUCGCCAAAUCCCACCCGGGUGUCGAAACACUCGUUGUGCCUACCGACGUCAGCGACCCCGCAUCCGUCGCCUUGCUGUUUGAGAGGGUGAAGGAAGAGUACGGCCACGCCGACGUGCUUGUAAACAACGCCGCGAUCCACCAAGCCAUAGCGCCAAUCCAAGACGUCGACCAGCAGCGCUGUCCACAGACCCUGAACAUCCGCGGCACCUUCCUCGUAACGCAGCACUUCCUCAAACUCCUGCCCUCUCCGGCCACCCCAGCGAAGAUCAUCACCCUCACGACCGGAUCGGCGUAUCUAGUCUUCCCCUCGCUGAGCGCCUACGGCAUCUCCAAACUCGCGGUUCUCGAGCUGAUGGCGUAUCUUGCGGUCGAGAGGCCGAAUGUGCUGGCUGCAGCGCUGCAUCCUGGUAUCGUGCUUACGGAGAUGACGGGAGAAGACUUCAAGAAAUUCGCUGAUGAUACGCCGGAGCUGGUUGGUGGGGUUGGCGUGUGGCUAGCUGGGUGGGAGGGCGUGGAUCGGGCUUUUCUCAGCGGCAGGUUUGUGGAUGCCAAUUGGGAUGUUGAGGAUUUGGUGGCGAGGCGGGAUGAGAUUCUGGAGAAGGACUUGUUGAAGAUGAAUUUGAAUGCGAAGUUGGGUGCUGAGCAGUUUACGUAG